UCCAUACGUAUAUUUCAAUGUCAAUUCAAUUUCACGAAAUGUACAAGAAAGGUCACCUUGAUGAAGUUCACCUACUGCGAUUUUCAAAUUCGUUAGUUCUCUGAAAGAAAUUUCUUUUAGACAAAUUGGUGUUUUAAAAGUUUUGUAACAUAAAAAUGGAUAGUACAAAGACGCAGCGAUUUAUAGAGCGAGGCUCUCAUAAAGGGAAGGGUCUCGCAGUAUUUACGAGUGGCGGUGACUCUCAGGGUAUGAAUGCAGCUGUACGCUCCGUGGUUAGGAUGGGCAUCUAUUUGGGCUGCAAAGUUUACUUUAUCCGCGAGGGAUAUCAGGGAAUGGUAGACGGCGGUGAUAAUAUAGAGGAAGCUAACUGGUCCUCUGUUAGUUCUAUUAUUCACAAGGGUGGUACCAUUAUUGGUUCAGCUCGCUGCAUGGAUUUCAUACAAAAAGAAGGUCGCCUUAAAGCUGCCUGCAACUUAGUAACUCGUGGUAUUACAAACUUAGUUGUUAUUGGUGGAGAUGGCUCGCUAACUGGUGCUAACCUCUUUCGUCAGGAGUGGUCUGACUUGUUAGAUGAGCUUUUGGCGCAUAACAGGAUUACUAAAGAUCAAAGAGAAAAAUAUAAAUACUUGCAUAUUGCUGGACUGGUGGGCUCCAUUGAUAAUGAUUUUUGUGGGACUGACAUGACAAUUGGUACAGAUUCAGCCUUACAUCGCAUUAUUGAAGCAAUUGAUGCAAUUGUUAGUACAGCCUACUCCCAUCAAAGAACUUUUAUUAUGGAAGUUAUGGGUCGCCACUGUGGUUAUCUGGCACUAGUUGCCGCUCUGGCGAGCGAGGCUGAUCAAGUGUUCAUACCUGAAGACCCUGUUCCCCAUAAUUGGGUUGAGAAACUUUGCAAAAGAUUGCAGCAGGAACGUAAGUCUGGUCAGCGUUUGAACAUCAUAAUAGUGGCAGAAGGUGCUAUUGACAGAGAAGGCAAGCCGAUUACUGCAGAACUGGUGAAAAAGGUUGUAGUGGACAAUCUCCAGCAAGACACCAGAAUAACUGUUCUAGGACAUGUCCAAAGAGGAGGUUCACCAUCAGCAUUCGACAGAAUAUUGGGUUGUCGGAUGGGUGCCGAGGCAGUUAUGGCUUUGAUGGAAGCGACCCCGGAAACGGAGCCAUGUGUUGUAUCUUUGGAUGGCAACCAAGCUGUCCGACUACCGCUCAUGGAAUGCGUGAGGCGUACUAAAGCCGUUGCUCAGGCAAUGACAGAUAAAAAUUGGGAGCUAGCCGUGCAACUACGCGGGCGUAGUUUUGCACGUAACCUGGAGACUUACAAAAUGUUGACUCGUUUGAAGCCACCUAAGGAAGCAUUUGACGAAUCUGGAAAGCCUGCGGAAGGUUUGACAUUGGCGGUGAUGCACGUAGGUGCGCCCGCUUGCGGUAUGAACGCGGCCGUGCGCUCGUUCGUACGUAACUGCAUCUACCGUGGUGAUACUGUGCUGGGCAUACACGACGGUGUGGAGGGAUUCAUUAGCGGCAAUAUCGUUAAGAUGGAUUGGUCUGAUGUAACCGGUUGGGUCGGCCAGGGAGGUGCGUUUUUGGGAACGAAACGUACUCUUCCAGGAGACAAGAAAGGGGAAAUCGCAGCGCGCAUAAAACAAUUUAAUAUUCAAGGAUUACUCAUCAUUGGCGGUUUUGAGGCAUACCAAGCUGGUUUAGAAAUGUACGAGUCGCGUGCCCAGUAUCCCGAGUUCCGUAUUCCACUAGUUGUGAUUCCAGCCACUAUUAGUAACAAUGUACCUGGAACAGAUUUUUCCCUGGGAACUGACACCGCUCUUAAUGAAAUCACGGAGAUCUGCGAUAGGAUCCGCCAAUCAGCUCAGGGAACAAAACGUCGAGUGUUCGUCGUGGAAACGAUGGGAGGAUAUUGUGGCUACUUGGCGACGUUAGCUGGUCUCGCUGGCGGCGCAGACGCAGCUUACAUCUACGAAGAGAAAUUCUCUAUUAAAGAUUUGCAGCAAGAUGUGUACCAUAUGGCGUCGAAAAUGACUGGCGGAAUUCAACGCGGUCUUAUACUAAGAAACGAAAAGGCCAAUGAGAACUAUAACACAGACUUCAUCUAUCGCCUUUACUCUGAAGAGGGCAAGGGACUUUUUACUGCUAGAAUGAAUGUAUUGGGCCAUAUGCAGCAAGGAGGUUCCCCGACGCCAUUCGACCGUAACAUGGGAACCAAAAUGGCCGCCAAGUGUCUCCACUGGCUCGUAGAGACAAUACAAAAGGGACCCAAUAAUACCGCAGACACAGCCUGUCUUCUCGGAAUCGUCAAGCGGCAAUACAAGUUCACACCCCUUGAAGAGCUUAAGUCACAGACCAACUUCUCACAAAGGGUGCCAAAACAACAAUGGUGGAUGAAACUCCGUCCACUGCUUCGUAUUUUGGCCAAACACGAUUCGACCUACGAAGAGGAAGGAAUGUACAUGACAGUCGAACAGGGAGAACUCGAUUCUGAAAGUGUUAUUUAAACUUCUAGUCAAAAGUAUUAUUUUAGCUGAUUUUUAUGUAGAAAGACAUACUAUAUUGUCAUUAAUAAGUGUGGUAUUAAACUGUAUGAAAAGUUAAAAAAAAAUACAAAUGAAAAUUUGAUAUUAAGAAGAACUGCCACUUAUAUAAAAUUUAACAUCGCUUUUGCACAGAUUAUGAGAAUUAUUUACAAAGUAAAAAGUUUCAUGAAAAUGUUUUGAAACUGAUCUGUUAAUCAAUGGUAAAUAUAUGUAUUUAAAACAGCAACACGAAAAAGACAAAUUAAUAUUUUUAUUUUAUUACAAUGAAUAUGUAUAUAUGAAUAAAUCAAAUUCAAAUUAAUUGUAUUUUGAUGCUUACUUAGUUGUAGUAGUUAGAUGUGCAUUGUUAUAGCAAUAGGCAAUAUUAAGCAAUUAAAAUAUAUAAUUACAAAAUAGCUAUCUUAUUUUUAAAUAAAGAUUGUAAAUGUUACUUUGUUUCCUGUAAAUCGUAUCAUAUAUUUUUUGAGAUUACAUAUUUAAGUGAGAUUUUUAGCUACUUUUUGUAAGCAAAAUGUUUUAAGUGGUCUUUGACUAGGAUAACUUAGGCAAUUUUUAUAGUUUAUUUAUUGUCACUUUAUUUGUAGGAGUAAAAUAUUGUAUUUAAUACUUAUCAAUAUGUAAAGAGCUAAGCCGUUGACUGUAAUUGAAAAGCUAUUCUCAAGUUGUUUUACAUUUACAUUGGUAUAGCACAAUUGUUUGUACGAUCUUGUAAAUUUUAAGCAAUAGUAUUAUUAUGAAAAUAUAAUAUUUUUUGUUUAAAUCAAAGUAAUAAAUAUAUGCAGUUAUCGUUGCUUAA